UAGCACCAGCCCCAAAGGAAAAGGGUGGAGCUAAGCACUCACUGCGGUGUUGCGCUGCGUCUGCAGAGGACAAGGCAAGCUCCUCUGCAGGGCUGUCAGCUGCCAAGAUGAACGGCGUAGAAGGGGACGACGAGCUACCUCUCGCCAACACCACGACCCUCGCCCAUGCCUCCGAAGAUCUGGAUCCGAAGCAGGACCAGGGGCUCCACGAGGAAACCGACACGGUGCGGGAGCUGGAGGCUGCAGGUGAGGCCGGUGCGGAGGGAGGCGCGGCCCUGGACUCCGAGCACUGUGACCCUGAGCUCGGCCUCGGAGUGGCUGAGAACAGCUGUGCUGCGGCAGCGGGAGAGGGGCUGGAGGAUGCUCUGUCCCUAUCCAAGGGCGGGGACGCCCCCUCAGCCCCUGUGGCAGCCGACGACAGCAGUAAAAAUGGCUGUCAGCUUGAAGGGCCGCGCAGCUCUGCUAAGCUGAAAGCUCUGGAAGCCUGUGGCGCGGUAGGCCUGGGGUCUCAGAUGAUGCCGGGACCGAAGAAGACCAAGGAAAUGACGACUACCAAGUGCGCCAUCUCUGCGGCCACCGGUAAGGAGGGAGAAGCCGGAGCGGCAAUGCAGGAAAAGAAGGGGGUACAGAAGGAAAAAAAGGUAGCUGGAGGUGGGAAAGAGGAGACUCGUCCCAGAGCUCCGAAGAUCAAUAAUUGCAUGGACUCGCUGGAGGCCAUCGAUCAGGAGCUGUCAAAUGUGAAUGCGCAGGCUGACAGGGCCUUCCUCCAGCUGGAACGCAAAUUUGGCCGGAUGAGAAGGCUCCACAUGCAGCGAAGAAGUUUCAUCAUCCAAAACAUCCCAGGUUUCUGGGUCACCGCUUUUCGGAACCACCCUCAGCUGUCACCAAUGAUCAGUGGCCAAGAUGAAGACAUGAUGAGGUACAUGAUCAACUUAGAGGUGGAGGAGCUUAAGCACCCAAGAACAGGGUGCAAAUUUAAGUUCAUCUUCCAGAGCAACCCCUACUUUCGAAAUGAGGGGCUGGUCAAAGAAUAUGAGCGCAGAUCCUCAGGUCGAGUGGUGUCCCUCUCAACGCCAAUCCGCUGGCACCGGGGGCAGGAACCCCAGGCCCACAUCCACAGGAAUAGGGAGGGCAACACGAUUCCCAGUUUCUUCAACUGGUUCUCAGACCACAGCCUCCUAGAAUUCGACAGAAUAGCUGAAAUUAUCAAAGGGGAGCUGUGGUCCAAUCCCCUACAAUACUAUCUGAUGGGCGAUGGGCCACGCAGAGGAGUUCGCGUCCCACCAAGGCAGCCAGUGGAGAGCCCCAGGGCCUUCAGGUUCCAGUCUGGAUAAGCUCUGCCCUCGUGAGAAGCUCUUGCAGCAGUCCUCCCCACCUCCUGAGCUUGGCCAGCAGCAUGCAGCCUCUGUCUGCUUUCUCUUCCCGUUGGAUUGUGCCCUUUGGUUCUUCUAAGUCUCCAGUAGUUUCAAGAUUGUGGCUUUCAAGUCUUUGCUCUUCUUUCUCUGGGCCAUCACAGUGUUCUGCAUAGUGUUAAUGGUGUUCCAAGUGCAUGGCCUUCACACUGCUGCUAUGGCAAGCUCGCGUGCUGUAGUUUGUACUGCCUUCCUUUGCAUGGCUUGGUUCCUGUCUGUGACAUGAUCUUUCAGGGUUUUGUUUUUUUUAAAGUGGUUCCCUGCCACAAGAAAGCUUGACACGUCCUUACCAAGAACUAGCCAGGCUUCAUACUUUCUGCUGUGCUCCUGAUAUCUCUGUACUGUGAAGAACUGUGUGUUUCACCACUGCAAGACGGAACUGUAUCCCAAGCCAGCCAUUAGCCCAACAGGACAUUGCAGGCAUUUGCUGACUGAUUCUAGCUGUCUUCCUGGACCUCUCUGCCUUUUACCCUGCUUGUUAUUUUACAACAAGCAGGUGGCUGGUGGGUGACUACUAGGUAGGAGUGAAGUGACAGGUGAGGAGUGUUUUCUGUCACCAGCUACUGGUGAUCAGUUACUGGUGAGUACAGAAGCAGUUGCCCACAAGUUAUGUCUUGGUUGAGCUUUGCACAGGCCCAAGUGGUUCCUUAGGCACUCGCUAAGGACCUAAGUUCCUAAGCAGCAAUAGGACCCCCUACUGUACCAGUUCCCAUGGCUCGGUUAGCUGCUGGGCAGGUUCUGUAGUCACAUGUGGCAGUGCUCAAAGCAAAGCUGAAGUGGCUCCCUUCCAGGACUUAGUUCUUCUGAGCCCUAACCAACAAGUUAUUCCUUACCCAGGCACCUUUAGGAGGUAACUCCUCCUCUUCGUGUGUUCACACCACUCUGGUUAAGUCAAAGUUGCCUAGGUUGGGGUGGUUAGAAAUUGUGGCCCAUAGGGCUUGCUAUACCUUUCUGUCUUUGGCUCUUGUCUUUUCUUCCCCGUUUCUUUCUCUUUGAAGCAGUUACAGCCCAGAGACAGAAAAACAAAACAGAUGGCAGGCUUUUUAUUUGCUCUCCCCUUGGUUGUGUGCAGGCUGGGAAAGGUAUUGUAAAACAGACUCCAAACCUCUCACCGCCCUGACUACUCCACCCUUCUCAUAGCAACGGCUAAAAAUUUCCAGGGAGACCACCUCCACUCUUCCCUCCAUUUUACCAGAUGCUGUGUGUUUCUUAAGCUCUAGUUUGAGAAUCUGGGAGAAGAGGAAGAAGAGUCUCAAUGUCAGGCCCUGUGCCUGCCCUGAGCAGUCUGUGAAUGAGUGCACCUAUCCCAGGGUUCUAAAGGGCAGCAGCUCUUUUGUGGGCCUCCGCCUGUAGACAUGACCAGAGAACAACAAUGUGCGACAUCUUUGUUUGCCUGACCUUGGCCCUUACCUGUCAGCUUUUGAAUUUCCUUCCUUGUUUCCUUCCUAACAAAGGAAGCAGGCUGUAGGUGCAUUGUGGGAGGGAGACUCCAAGUCUCUUCUCAGGGCUGUGGGGAUGUAAGGAGUCUGGAUUUGCUGUAGCCCUUUCCGACCUCGCUGGAGGCUUCCCCAGAGCCCAGGAGUUAUGAAUAGCCUCAGUGGAGGCUGGGGAUUUUAAGAGGAGGACUAGAGGGAAGAGCCUGUUGCAGAGUGAGUUUUUCUAGUUCCGCUGUGAUGACUGACAUAUGGAAGGAGCAGGGUUGGGGGCAGGGGUCCCUGAGGCACGUUCCAGUGCGUGGAGGGGGGGAUGCCAAUCCAGUGGGCUGGGAUUUACAAAGAGAUGCUUGAAGGAUUUUCCUAUAGUUUGUCCUAAUUUUCAACUCUACCCUUGUCUGUGGGAGAUGAGUGGUGUGCACUCCUCACUCCACUGUGCUUGACCCUCUUACUCUGGCAGGACUGACUGUCACAAGCCUGCCUUUUACUUAUCAUUGAGAAAACGUGCAAACAUUGGAAUUCCUGUCAUUUGCAGUACGAAGACGCCUGUGAAUAUUCAUCACUAGAGUAACUUGUUCUGGUGUCUCUUCACAUAGAGCUGUGUUCUUAGUACAAUCCGCACAAUGUGAUCUCUGAAGUCUGAAGAUUUUUUGAAAAUGUUGCUAUGUCUUGUAAAAGUGGUUUCAAAAAGUAACUCGUCUUACUGAUAUUUCUUGCUGUAGUAAGUAAUACUUGGCAUUAUGUUCUUAACCAGUGUGAGGACUAGAACUGCUAUCAGCUAAACGAGGAUCUUAGUCCUUUGUCUUCUCCUGUGUGCUCGAAGGAAAGAUAUGUUACUGUUAUACUUCUCGUCUGCACCAAAAAUAAAUAAACAAAUAAAGGUGAACCAAAAGC